AAAGAAAAGUAAAAAAGAAGAAAUAAAAAUAUGAUUUUUUUUCCUCAUAUCUUUCUUCUCUUUUCCAUCUUGAUCACCACUCUUCUGUUGCUUGUCUGGUCUGUCUCAUAGACUUCUUACACCAAAAGAAAAGAAAAGAAAAGAGGAAAAUCCAAAAUUUAAAAAGGUUUUUCAAUAUCAUCAAUUUGGUUGUAAUGGGCAUUACCCAAAAUCAAUCAAUUAUGUGGUGGCUUCUUUGGGGUUUUUUAAGUCUUUGGUCAGAGAGAGUUUCAUACAAGGACUUAAGACUCCCACCAUUAAACCUAAUCCCUUUGCCUUCUUCUCUUCCUUCUUCUCUUCUCUCUCUCUUUCCUCUUUCUCGUGGUGUGACCUUUUGAAUCUGCGAUUCUCAAAUUUUCACCAUGAAAGAGGAUAAUUUCGUCUCCUCUGCUUCCGAUCCCAUGAUCAGAUUGAAAAAGGACUUGGAAGUUAAAAGAAGGAAAUUGGAGAUGUUGAAACAAAAACGAUCGACUCUCAAAGCAGAAGUUAGGUUCUUGAGACGUAGAUAUGAACACUUGAAGCCAGACCAAACUCUUGAAACAUCUUCGGAGGUUUUGAGAUUGUCAGAACCAGGGGGUUCAGAGGUCCCUAGUAAACCAAGUGGCCAAAGAAAGAAGAAACACUCUGGUGUGAGAGCGUCUGUGAAACAGAACAGUCUAAUUUGCAAUGAGAAGGAAGCAUUUGGUAAUAAUGCAAGUUGUGACUUGGAAAAGAAGCUUAAAAGGAGCAGAGACAACGAUAUUUUGACAAAUUCCGUUGCACUUCCUGACCUUAACGGAGAGGGAAACACUUCUGUGCCCAACAAAGUCCCAGGCUUCGACCUAAACCAGAUCUCGAGAGAAGAAGAGGAGCCGGAAGCUAAUGGUCAACAUAUGGUUGCGGGAGCAAUGAAGAAUGCAAUGCUUGGUAACAGAAUCAGUGAUCUACAUGACAAGAGACAGUUACCGAUCUGCGGAGAUGUGGAGAAAAAGUUAAAUAGAGGUGUGAAGAGGAAGGUGUCAUGGCAAGAUCCAGUGGCUUUAAGUGUUUAAGGUUCUUAGUAUGUAUGUAGGAUUGAGAUUUGAGAUAAUGGUAUGACCCAAUAUGCACAUAUGCUGCUUUACAAGUAUAUAUAGAUAGAAGGUUUGAUUUGAUGACUUAGAAAGUCACUACUUCCAGAGGAAAACAUUUGCAUAACUCUUGUCAUAAGUGACAACAUUAUCCUUCAAUCCCAGUUUGAUGAUUACAGAA